GGCCCUCUAUGAGCGGCUGGCAGAGGUGGAGCGUGAGCUGAGCUUUAAGAAAGAUGACAUCCUCUACGUGGACGACACCUUGCCCCAGGGCUCCUUUGGGUCCUGGAUGGCCUGGCAGCUGGACGAGAAUGCCCAGAAGAUCCAGCGCGGGCAGAUCCCCAGCAAAUACGUGAUGGACCAGGAAUUCUCCCGGAGGCUCAGCAUGUCUGAAGUCAAGGAUGACAACAACACUGCAAAGACGCUCUCGGCGGCUGCACGCAGAUCCUUCUUUCGAAGGAAACAUAAGCAUAAACGCAGCGGGUCCAAAGAUGGGAAAGACCUCCUCGCCUUGGACACCUUUUCCAACGACUCCAUUCCACUCUUUGAAGAUUCGGUGAGCCUUGCCUAUCAGCGGGUCCAGAAGGUGGACUGCACCUCCCUGAGGCCCGUCUUGAUCCUGGGGCCCUUACUGGAUGUGGUGAAGGAAAUGCUCGUGAACGAGGUGCCCGGCAAGUUCUGCAGAUGCCCCCUUGAGGUGAUGAAGGCCUCCCAGCAGGCCAUCGAGCGGGGCGUCAAAGACUGCCUGUUUGUCGACUAUAAGCGGAGGAGUGGCCACUUUGAUGUGACCACAGUGGCUUCCAUAAAGGAGAUCACAGAAAAGAACCGGCACUGUCUCCUGGACGUCGCCCCCCACGCCAUUGAGCGGCUGCACCACAUGCACAUCUACCCCAUCGUCAUCUUCAUCCACUACAAGAGCGCCAAACACAUCAAGGAGCAGAGAGACCCCAUCUACCUGAAGGACAAGGUGACUCAGAGGCAUUCCAAAGAGCAGUUUGAGACGGCGCAGAAGAUUGAACAGGAGUACGGCAGGUACUUCACAGGGGUCGUCCAGGGAGGAGCCCUGUCGAGCAUUUGCGCUCAGAUCUUGGCAGUGGUCAAUCAAGAGCAAAAUAAAGUCCUGUGGAUCCCAGCCAGCCCUCUCUAGAACUCGGUGCUGGGGACAGCUGCAGCUUGGCCGCCGGCGUGACUGCCUGGCUCAGCUCUUUUUAGCGACUAAAGAUAGACGUCUCUGUAUAUAAACGUGAAGGGGAAGGAUCCAUGAAGCAGGACUCCAGAAGCACCUCCUUUGUAGACAGAGGGCCGCAGACUCUAUUCCUCUCACUCGUGCGCUGUAAGACAGAAGACUCUGUAGAGGGGCUCGACACCAACCUUUCUCGUAGCCAGCUCAUCAGAGAUGCUGCAAAGAGAACCUUUCAGAUCACAAGUUUACAAGCCUUUUCUAAGUAUUCGGUUGUUUAUGUUUACUUGAACGGCUCCAUGUUGUCGCUGCCCAGCCCCUGCCCUUUCCUCAUUGUCGCUUUGGUGUUGGUUUUAUGCCUGUUUUCAGCGGGACGACUCUGGAACCUCGCUGGGGGCCGCUUUGCUUUGGGAGGUUCUUGUCAGUGGGACCAGAGCUUUGACAAACGUCAUGCUCCUUGGUGGCACCUCUCCUGGAAGGACCUGCGACUGCGGAUGCUUCGACCAUAGGCGGGCGCAGAACCAGUGCCUUUGUGGGGCAGACUCUCCAGCGGCAGUGUAUUCCCCUCCUGCACAGAGGAGGGCGACUUGGGCCGUCUUGCGGACGCGUCCCUCAGACUUUGGCUCCUGCCCUCUGCGUCCUCUUCUCGUCCACCUGCGUUCAUUAUUCCAGCGUUCUCUCCGGUCCUCGGAGCUUCAUGGGUUCACUGUGACACAGCCAGUUCCAGGCAGGGUGUUAGGCUGGGGCUGAUGCAUGCCACUGGGUCCUCUUUAGGUUCUGUGAAUACUGACAGCCUUUACCAGUGCAGAUUUUGCAGGGUAAUUCCUAAGCGCUCUAGAGUGGGGCAGGCACAUCAGCUCUACUUGACGUAAAAACAUUCGUGUUUCAGACUUUGAGCAGAGAACUCUUACGGAAGCUUAAGGAUUAGUGAAGUCACUGUCAAAACUCAAAAAAAGAGAAACUGGGAUCUAUCUAGUCUUGGCUCCAGCGCUUACAGCAUGAGCAGUGCUCCACGAGGAUGGCUUUGUUUGGGGUUUGUGUGGGUUUUGUUUUUUUUUUUUUUAAACGCUUCUGACGCUGGAUGUUUCUGGCUGAAGGUUUGAUCUGGUUCCUCCUUAAACUGUGCGUCCUCUUAAUAAUAGGUACUGUACGGGGCUCCGGGUAAGUGUCACUGGGGUAGGACCUCUAUUUUAAUACUGUUCCUAACAUUUCAUUUUACUAGCAAGAAAUCGCUGAUUUCAUUUUAUUCUUUGUAAUUCUAGACACUAGAUUAUAGUUUAGCCAUAGUGACAUUUUUUUAAAAAGGGAUAUAUUUUCUUGCACAGUUGUUCGAAAAGAGACACAUUUCAGUCCUCAGUGCUGCCCUUCGUUUCACAGGUACACGCGUUCUGGCUCAGACAACUAGGACCCCCUGCAGGCUGUCGAGGGGUCUCACUGGCGCCCUGCGGGGGGGCUGCUCUGGGCGGCGGG